UCCAUAUGUACUCCUCCUAGUUAGUUCCAUAGCAUAACUCACAAACUUAGAAAAACUUAAAAAAAAAACAUAUUUCAUUGAAAUUCAAAGUAAACUUUGUCAAGUAUGGGUUGUGCCUCCUCCAAGAGAAUAGAGGUUGCCGUCGACGUCUACCGUCCUCCGCCGACGAGCUUCGCCGUGUUCGAUAUCAACUCCAUUGAAGAGCCAUGGCUCAAAGGUGCCAACAACAACAAGGUGGAAGAAGAUGAGUUGGAUCAAGACGAGCUAGACGAAGAUGAGAAGCCAAUAAAAGUAGUACAACCAAUUCUUGAAAAACUCAACUCUUCUAUUGAUGAUUCUCCUAAAUCUUGGGAUGAAGUUAGCAAAGCCUUAGAAGAUUUAAAACCCACUCUACAAAAUCCACCACCACAAAAAUCACCUAAGAAAACCCUCCUUGCCCUACCGGCGCCGCCUCCACCGCCACUCGAGGCGGCGGAAGAUGGCGGCGGUUCACCAAAAAGAAAAAUUCCAAGAAAGAGUUUUUCCUUUCAUACCCUUGAAGAACUUGAAUCCAAAUUAUCAUCAAAGGAUUCCAAAAAAAACAAUGAAUUCAAGAAAAAAGAGGAAAAUAAAAAUUUCCAAAAAUUCAACAAAAAAAAUGAUACUCAAAUUGUUGUUCAUAAUGGGGAAGUAGCACAUCAAAGGACUCACUCUGAUGAAGGGUACAAGCCAGUAAAAGAGAAUAUAUUUUUGUUGAGGGACAAAAUGGAAAGGGAAAAAGAAGGGAAUGUUCCAACUUUUAUAAAGUUUAACCCUUUAAGUGACUACCUCGAAAAGUGCCCACCACAUGGCGAUGACUCAUUGGUCGUCUACACGACGUCGCUAGGUGGCGUGCGUCGCACAUUUGAGGAUUGUAAUAAAGUGAGGUUAAUUUUGGAAUCUCAUAGGGUGGUUUUUGACGAGCGUGACGUGGCGUUGCAUGGCGAGUUUCGUCAAGAGCUGAAGGAGUUGCUUGGAGAUGGGGAGAAUGCGGGAGUACCGAGGUUGUUUGUGAAAGGGAGGUACAUUGGCGGAGUGGAGGAAGUGGUGCACCUGAACGAGACGAAGCGACUCGGGAGGAUAUUGAAUUGGGCUAGGGUGGAGAGGGGUGUGGGGAGGUUAGGAUGUGAAGGGUGUGGUGGUGCUAGGUUUGUGCCAUGUUUUGAUUGUGGAGGAAGUUGCAAAGUUGUGAAUGGGGAUGUUAAGGAGAGAUGUCCUGAGUGUAAUGAGAAUGGUUUGAUUCAUUGCCCUAUUUGCAAUUGAAUAAUUGU